CAGAGAUGUACAGCGACAGGAUGGCGACGAGCCGUCCCCGGCCGGCACACGCUUCGUCUGCCGCUCAGCAUCAGCAUCAGCACGCCAGCAAUGGAUUUGGCCCUCCACGCUCGAGCCAUCAGGAGUGGCAGCGUGUUCCGCCUCGCAAUCCAUUUGACAACCCGCACCCGCCAAGCAGACCGCCUCCCAUCCAUCCACCUCAGGCAUCAUCGAGUCCUUUUCGCUUUGAUCGCUUCGCAGAGCAGGUGUGUCAAGUGGACCCCAUGGCCGAUGAAGCAAUGCGGGGACGACCGCCCGUCCCGCCACCGCCCGCUGCCAUCCCUCAACCGUCGUUCGGGCAGCCAGGGAGAUCACGGCAGGGAGCUGCACCUGCACCACCACCACCAGCUGCAGCGGCCAUGGCGCCAGAGACCAACCGCAUGCAGAGGGCGCAGCACCAGCCAUCAUUCCGUGGCGGCGGGCCGUCGUCGGCAUCCUCAUACUAUCCGCCGCAGAGGGGCGGUGGUUCAUCUGCCUACAGCUCGUUCCACCAGCAGCACGACGACCGGGGCGGGAGCAACAGUUUGUAUUUUCGCGAGAUGCGGCACCUGGGGCUGAGUGCUGGUGUGGUCAACAAGGGCUGGGAGAUCGCCACGAUGGAGGACGGCGUGAUGGACACGCAGGAGCCGGGCGUGUACGCCGUGUACUCAUACAGGUCAGAGAAGGAAGGCACAGCACAGUAGAGGUCACAUGACAUGAGAUGACAUGACAUGACAUGACAUGAGAGGAGUCGGGUGUGGUUUCCUGUCCGGAUCUGUGUGGUGGUUGGUGUUGUGUUGGUGCACCCAGUGAGUCGUGGAGGGAGGUGGACAUGGAGGUGUGCGAGUGCAGCUGCCCCAACAUGCAGCUGUGCUGCAGCCACCUGUUCGCCGUCAUCGCCGCUGUGCCGCAGGUGAGUGACCAAGUGAAUGAACCCAUUCAUCCAUAAUGCAUCCAUCAUUGCAUCCGUGUGCCCCUAUCUGUCUGUCUGCCUGUCUGCAGUAUCGGUUGCGUUUUGCGUUGCUGACUGCGGCCAAGCGUGAGAUGAUCCACAAGGCCGCCACCAGGUCCAUCACGCCGCAGAAGAUAUGCAGGUACGGCCCAAGCUGACACAAAGAGACACACACGCAGGUGCACAUGUGCGAGUGUUUUUGUUUGUGUGUGUUGGACAUGACCAACCAACCAACAUAGGGACAUUUACCGACUGUUCAGCACGUACAACGUCGACGAGCUCUACCGAGCGGCCGUCGAGUGCUUCGUUGGCGUCAUGUGGCGCUUCUAUAGCAAACAGGGGGAGCUCCCAGCAGCCAUCCAAAGAGAACGGGUCGGCUGAGCCGUACAUGAAGGCCUGCGCUCCUUGCGACAUGGCUCUCCUUCUUUUUUGCAGCCGGAGAAGCGCCUCAUUGACCGCGACAGAGGGCGCAUGAUCUUGGGCAAGGUGGUGGAGGCCUUCAGGUCGCUGGAGGGCAAGGGCAAUGACAAGGCGCAGAAGCUGUCCACUGGCGCACAGCGGCUGGCUGCCCUCGAGAGCGAGACAGCCACGCUGUGUGGCGAGGAAAAAUUCUCCGACCUCCACACUACCGUGGCUGAGCUGCUGACGCAGAGGAACCUCGUCCAACAGGAGGGAGUACCGGCACCUGCUGCAGGUCGGUGGGUGCAGAGUGCAUGCACUCGCUUCCACACACGCUCAUUUGCCGACUGUCUGUCUUAUUGUGUCCAUGUCUUUGUUGUUGGCCAGGCGGCAAGAAGAGCGAGCCCGCCGUGUCGUCUGCCGACGUGGCCAAGGUGCAUGAGUGGGUGUUCGGCAAGCACGAUGGGGCUGGUGACCAAGACCAGGAUGAGAAGAAAGCAGAGAAGGGCCCGAAGGAGACAAAGGAGAACGUGGCUCUGAGGGUCAGUGAACCACACACCAAGACCACCACACAAGGGGUGUGGGAGCCCAUGCCUUUCUCCUGCCUCUUCCUCUUGCUUGAUCAGGUCAUUAGCCAGCUGCAGUCCAUCACGGACCAGUCGUCAAGGUCGUCCCUCGUGGCCCUCCAGCAGCUGGAGGCCAGUGUGGCAUCAUCUUUAAAUGCCGAUCGCUUCGACGCACUCGGCCAUGGAUCCUUCCUGUCGUUCGUCAACUCGCAGCCAAACCUGACGGACGCCAUCAGUGACAAGAUUGUGAGCAAGGGACGCGCCGCUUCGUCCUCCGGGGGGCCGCCAUCCGUCUUUACCGACAAGCUGGGUUCACUGGUGCGCCAGACUGUGCAUGCACUCGACGGCCACCUGCAGGAUGAGCAAAGGGAGACUCUCACGCGCGCAGUCGACAGAGCGAUCGACGGUCGGUCAGCCACAGACAAGCGCAGAGACGAAAUGAGGCUGUUGUGAUUCAAUCGCCUGUUCGUGUCAUGCAUGCAGGUUUCUUCCGCAUUAAUGGGGGCCACCAGGCGAUGGGCUACGAGUCGGUCGCGGCGCUCGCGGAUGCAGCCAAGGGAGAGGCCGACGGGAUGGCCAUUGCCAGCAGUCUCCUGGCCGGCGAUGACGAGAUCGAAGCGCCCUCCGUGCCGGCCAGGAGCAUGGUGUCAGACGACAUGUCAGCAGCUAUGGACGCCAUCCGUGCAGCGCCCUAUCUGACAGACAUCGGCCAACACAUCCAGUGGCAGAGGGUCUUCCAGGUCGGUAGUAAGUACUGAAUGUGCAUCCGGCGGUCGGUGAUCCAAAUGUGUCUUUUCUUCACCUGUGUGUUCAGGACACUCUCGGCCCGCUGUCAUCCUUCCUGUCCCGCCAUUGUGGCUCCCUCCCCGCCGUGCAGCUGAUCGAGACCCACCCGCACCACUACAUCAAAGCACCCCUCCGCAGCGACGCCGCUGAGAAGCUGCUGGACAGUCUCGCAAAGCACGACGGCAAGGGGAGUGCUGUCGAGUGGGUGGGCUUGGUGGCCGGGUGCGGCGGGGUGCGGCACGUGCCCUGGGGGGUGGUCAAGACGGAGGGACGGAAGAGACUUGCUGGUGAGUAAGGGGUGGAGGGCUGAACGAAGGGUGCGUGGUGGAGAGGAGAGACUUCUUCCUUGGUGUGUAUGGUUGUGCAGGCAUACCUCUGGAGGAGGGUGCGUCAUUUCUGGCUGACUUCAUCGCAGCGCUGCCGGAUGCCUUCCUGUCGUCGACGCUCAUGUAGGUGCAUGACCAUGCGCUGCCGACUCAUCCAUCAUCCCUGUGUCUGUCUAUCUGACUAUGAUGGAUUACCUAUCUCCUUUGCCAUCAGCCAUCCACUGGUUAUCGCACCCCUGGUCGACACACAUGGACAGGACAUCCUGCAUACGACUCUCAAACACGCCAGGUGAAGAGAACAUAAAUCUUCCAUGUGCGUACACGUGUACACCUGUCGUGUGUGCAGCUCCCCCUCUCUGACCGCCCGCCUGCAUCAGCUGGGUAUCGACUGCACCCUGCAGCCCUGGAUCAACCACCUCAAGGCCACUCUCCGCCACACUCAGGACACCCCUCACCACCAGGGGACGGCCGUGCACCAGCGGGAUGUCAAGAUGGUGGAUCAAGGGAGAGGCGAUGCUGAAGAGGAUGACACCGGCGAGGUCAUGUUCUGGAAGAGGCCACAGAGGCAGCAGCAGGACAAGCAGCCACCACAGCAGCCAGGACAACCGCCACCACAGGCACAGGCGCAGCAGCCCUCUGCUCCUGCUGUGCCCGCUGCUGCACACACAUCACCUCAGUCCAGCAAAUCAGGUAUGCACGUCACACAGAAGCCGCGGCCAUUUCAUGCACUUGUCUGUCUGUCUGUCUGUUUGUCUCUGCAGACGCCCGUGCGGUCGUGUCGUCGAUCCGCCGCGACGAGUUCGGCAUUGGCUACGACGACACGAGCGGUGUGAUGGCGCGGCAGAGGGCCCGGCUGACGAGGGCACUCAAGAGACUCACCGAGGACCUCUACGCCGGAGAGAUACACCUGCAGGCACGCUGAGGGAGGACGCCAGACCACCUCGGGUGUGUGUUGUCGAUGUUUGCUUGCAUGUGUGUGUGUGCAGAUGGAGCUCAUCCAAAACGCCGACGACAACAUGUAUCCGAGAGGAACGUCGCCCACGCUCCACUUUGUGGUGCUGAGGGAGGGCCUGGCGGUCUUCAACAACGAGAGCGGCUUCACUGAGGCGGAUGUCAGGGCCAUCUGUGACGUCGGCCGCUCCACCAAGACCAGCGCCCUCCGGCCAGCCAUCGGGAAGUUCGGCGUCGGCUUCAAGAGUGUUUUCUUCGUCUCUGACAGUGAGCGAGAUCCCCGCACACACCGACACCCACACAGACAAGCAUGUGAGCAUCUAUCCGUGUCCUUGUGUGUGUUCAUCUCAGCCCCGACUCUCUUUUCCAACGGCUAUGGCAUCCGGUUUGACGCCAAGGACCCCUCGGGCAUGGGCUAUGUGCUGCCGCAGUGGGUGGACGGCACAGCGGCCGAGCACCUGCCUGCAGCAGCGGUGGCGCACAUGAGUGGGGCGUGGCAGACGGCCAUCUGGCUGCCGCUGAAGCGGGGCAUGCUGCACACCGACCGGUGGGAACGGGGCAUCGCCAAGAAGAUGACGCAGCUCAGCGGCUCGUGGCUGCUCUUCCUGCGGCGGCUCACACACAUAUUGUUAUACGAUGGGCUGACUGACCGCUACAUCGACGUGCGGAAAGAGGUGCGUGCCGAUGGGGCCGUGAGGGUGACUGAUGGAGAGGGCAAUGAAGAGCUGUGGGCUAUUGUCACGCACAAGGUCACCGGCACCACACAAACAGGUGCGCAGACACACUUACCACCGACGACAUAUUGGGCAUGUGUGUGUGUGUGUGUGUGCGUGUCUGUAUGUGUCAGACACUGAGAUAACGAUCGCUCUGCCAAUGAGUUCCGAUGGCGAGGCGUCGGCCGACGACCGCUCUCGCGACGUGUUUGCCUACCUGCCCCUGAGGAGCUUCGGCUUUCGGUUCGUGCUGCACGGAGACUUUGUGGUGCCCACCAGCAGAGAAGAUGUUGUCAGGUCAGAUUGACACAGACAAUCACACAAUCCUACACGCGCACCGCACCGUUCCCACGUGCAUAUGACAUGCGUCAGAGGCCACCCGUGGAACGAGCAUCUGCGGUCGAGUAUCCCCGCUGCCUUCAUAGCCGCCAUCGACCACGCCAAGAAGACACCCGUCACGCCCCUCACCUACGGCAUCCUCAACUACGUGCCGCGAGAGAAUGAGCUUCUCGGUUUCUUCGCCCCCGUCGCCCGCCUGAUGCGCACCGCCCUGCAAAGCCACCCCUGUGUGCUGACGGCCAGCGGCAAGUGGGUGGUGCCCGCGAAUGCCCUGAUGGCUCCUGAGCUCAGCAACGAGGGCGAGGAGAGGGGCGUCUUCGACGCGAUGGUGAAAGCCCCUGUGGUCGCAGCCACCCUCGGCAAAGAAUAUGUGCAUCAGGAGGUUAGCAAAGCAAAGCACAGCACGAGAUUCAGACAAGGUGGGUGGAUACACGGACACACGGGGAUGUGUCCUUUCUCGUCUUCAGGUGCUCAAGCGCGUGAGUGCGGCCGUGUUGGUCUCUCUCGGUAUCCGUCACUUCAGCCUCUUUCACAUGAUCGAGCUCAUCAGCCACUCGCUGACCCACCAGCCCCCCACCAGCCAGCAGAUCGCCCACUGCCUGGCCCUCAUCGACUGGCUCUCAGAGGACCACACUCUCUCACGCCAGGACGUCAGCAGCGCAUUCAAGUCGCUGCAGAAGAUACCCUUCCUCCGUCUGGCCACUGGGGAGAUGGUCUGCGGCGGCGGAGAUGGCGGCGAGAGGGUGUAUGUGGAGGCGGACGGCCAGCGCUUUGACUACGGCUUUGAGGCCAACGUGCGAGUGCUGCAUGGCGACAUCCUGGGCUGCUUCGACACCGACACGGAAGCCGACACGCAGGACAGCCGCUCGUUGCUGCUGUCAGCCCGCGCCAAGCGGUCCCUGCAGCGUCUGGGAGUGCACAAGCUCACCCCUGACGUCAUCCUCUCCACCAUCAUCCUGCCUGCAUAUACAUCGGGCACCGACCUGCCCCCGGCCUCUCUCGUCGGUUAUCUGGCCUACUGCUUGCACCACCAAGAGACCUUCCUCGCCCUCAUGACGCAGCAGCAGGAAGCAAACAACACCACGACGACAAUGCGGCCGCGUGUGCGCGUGAUGCUGGAGAACGGCUCCCAGGGCAGGCCGACCGACGUCAUGUUGACGCAGAAUUGGGGCGGGCGCGUGGAGUGGGAGGACAUGAUGGACCAGGAGAGCCUCGCUGGCCUCUCGUUGUCCGCUGCUCACCUGAACUAUGGCUCAGCCAUCGAGUGGGGGCGAUUCCUCAAGAAACUCGGCGCAUCAGAGUUUCUUGCGAUGGAGAGGGUGACGACGAGCGCGGCUGAGUGGGGUGAUGCCGUGGGCGGGCGCGAGGGCACUGUGGAGGACUGGAGGGCUCCCUCUCUGGAGCCGUUCUUGCAGACAAUGAGUGUGGAGAAGGCCCAGAUGUUCUAUGACGCGCUGCAAGUGCUGUGGGGCGACCUGGCGGCGUAUGCGUCUGUGUCUUUCACCAGCACCGACGGCUCGACCAACGAGAGACUGACGGACGUGCCCUCUUCCUUCAUCAGGACGCUCCGACACAUCCCCUGGGUGCCCGGGGAGACCGAGGACGAGCGCCUCUACGCGCCAUCCUCCCUCUGCCUCCCGUCGUCCCCUCUCGCCAUUCUGUGCGGCGGACUCUUACUCCAAGCCGAUGUGCACCACCACCAUUCGACAGCAGUGGCGACGGGAAUUGGGCUGCACGCAGAACCGACCGUCCCGAUUGUCUUCUCGCUGCUCAAUCAGCUGAGGAAGGCCAUGGAUGCAGACGCGGAUCAGGACGACAUGAUGGCGGUGGACCAUGCGCAGCUGACGGCGUUCCCCCUGGUGCUGAGUCAGGGGUUUAGGUCAGCGUGUCGCGACGGCGGGAGCAUUGUGGGUCUGUAUACCUUCCUCUCCGAGGCCGCGAGCGACGUGGACACCGCCAGGCUCUUCAGCUCGCUGCCCCUGAUCUACAUCCCGACCCGGGGGGCCUUUGCCUUGUCGACGGAGGUGUUUUGGUCGCUGCCGGAGGGGUGCGAGGGCGCCUUCUCUUUCCCCCCUCUGUGUGAGGUCUACCCCUACUCAUUGCGGGGCUGGUUCGUGCAGCAGCUGGGCGUGGACGUGCUGCCGUCGGUCGACCGGUGUGUGAGCGAGCUGGGCGUGGUCACACAGGGGGACGAUGAGGAGGGCGACACCCAUUCGGAGCCGAAACGGAGGCGCCUUGUUGAAGGUGAGUGAGUUAGCAGAGGCAGGGAGGACAGGGACACGCGUCUGUCUGCAUGGGUAGGGUACAUCCAUCGGUGUAUCCUGCAUGCAUGCAUGCGUCGCGUCAGGCUGGGUGCCCUCGUCCAGCCCACCGUAUGACUGUGUUGCUGCUGCGGUUGUGGUGGCUUCAGAUGACCGCAUCGCCCAGGUCGCAUGCCUCCUUCUCUUCGUCGCGCAGCAGUGCCCCAACGACGAGCUCUUAUCUCGCCUGUCCCGCCGCGCCUUCUUCCCCACGCAGAAUGCCAGGCAGCACAGCGAGGGCAAUGUCCGCUAUGCCUCUCCAUCCGAUGGGCUGAUCAUGGCCACGACGGCCAGGAGCAAGCACAUGGCGGCGGAGCACUUCCCCGACCUGCCGAUUGUGUGUGCGCUGCCCCCUGCGAUGGAGAGGCGGGCGGACGAGUGGCGGGAGCUGCUGAAGAGAGUGGGAGGGGUGGAGCUGAGCGAGAUGUGUCGGGUGGAGGUCAGCAGGGGUGGCCGGGGCGGUCAGAGGGACGAUGUGCUGAGGACGCGGGUGCUCAAUGAGCUGCUGGGAUAUGCGCAACGCUUCAUGGCCUUUCAUAGAGAAGAAAGGUCAAACGACAGACAGACACCACACCCGGACAAAGAAUCUCUGUCUUGUGUGUCAUUCAUCUCAUCGACAGGCUGGCGGAGCUGCAGAGCGACCCGGCAUGGCCGUCCCGUCUCGGAUCCCUCACCGUCUCCCGCGCCCCCUUCCUGUCCAUCCGCUUCACCCUCUCCCCUCCCCCCCACACCAACAUGCAGCCCUUCUCCUCAAUCGCCCGGCAUCGUGACGCAUACCUCGACGGCAAUGAGCUGACAGUUGUCGUCAAGGACUCGUCCGCCGACCUGCCCAAUGAGGUGUUUCCUGAGUUCACACGGCUGCUGUUUGCUGAUGGAGAGGCGGACAGGGAGAUGGGGACGUUCCUGUCGGUGGUCCACAGCAUCCGUAAGGGCGGCAUGAGCGACGCGGCUGUAGAGGAGUUCUUGAGGAGCGUCCAUGGGAUUGGGAAGCUGCCAGGGGGGCCGGGGGCUGACUGGAUGGCGACGGUCAUGCCAUUCCCUACCCAUGCUCAGGGUGGACCAGGUACACACCCGUCCAUGCGACCGACACACACACGAUCGCUCUUUGUGUGUCAUGUUCAUUCAGGUGUGUCCCCCUCCCCCCGCCCCUCCCCCGCUGCCGUUGAGGAGAUGGCCAUCGACGACAUCCACGACCCAGCCGCCCCUUCAUCAGCACGCCAUGAGGACGGUGACAGCCCCAUCAUGGCGGCGUGUCGGCUCGAUCGCAUCGACGGGCAGCGGCCGACGCUCGCCGACCACGAGAAGAGCAGGCCUCUGAGGGACAGGGAGGCAAAAAGAGGGGGCGUGCAUGGCGACGCUGCUGCUUUGCGGCAGUUGGCCAUGGAUUUGGACCUGGAUGCCGAGGACGAUCAUGAUACAAGGGCAGACGGCGAGCGGCGAGUUGGCACGGACGAGGGGGCAGCUCGUGACACCGACGAUGGCGACAAGGACAGUGAGGAAGAACUGGUCAUCAUCGGUGGAGGGCCCCCACAAGCAGCAGCUGCAGCUGCAGCAGCAGCAGCAGCAGCUCCAACAGAAGACAAGAGGGGCGACAGACCAAGGGCGGCUGUACAGGACGGUGACCGUGAGAGAGAGAGGACGGCGUGGAAGCCUUCCGUCGGCCCCUCUGUGGCCAGCGCGAUGCCGUCCACGGCCGACAAGAACUUCGAAAUGACGACAGAAGAUCUGCAGGGCUUCUCACUGCGGCGGGAUGACGGGCGGGCGCUCGACGUGCCGACAGCAGAGAACCCACUGGAGAAGGAGCACCGGAGCAAAGUUGGCAAGUGGGGAGAGGACUUCGUGAACCAGUACCUCAUGAGCAAGCACGCGGGCGCCGUGGCCAGGGGCGACCUGACGGUCCGCUGGAUGAACUGCGACGAGGAGAGCGGGGAGUGUUACGACUUCGUCAUUGAGGUGAGGCAUCCAACAGGAGCCAUGCACGAGCAGCAGCACACACCUUUGUGUCUGUGUGCGUAUGUGUGUGUCAGCAUGCCGCUGGUCGUGCUGAUGGUCCGCUCGAGGACCGUGCUGGGUAUGCCGAGUACAUCGAGGUCAAGACCACCACGGACGAGGCCAAAGCCCUGUUCGAGGUGGGUGGGUGGGUGGGCAGACGAACCGAACCCCGCCUGCCCUGCACACCACACCGAUGGCGUGUGUGUGUGUUGUGUUGUGUGGUGAAACGCAGAUGUCCUAUCGCGAGUGGCAUUUCGCGCAGAUGAAGGUAUGAAGGUUGGUGGCGGAUGCAUUCAUGGCCAUGGAGCAUGUGUGUAUGCAUGUCUUGUGAUGUGUGCAGGGCGACCGCUUCUCCAUCUAUCGCAUCUUCAACGCCGGCAGAGAGCAAGUCCGGCUGCUCAGGUACCUAGGUGUGCAGCUGUCACCAGACAACGGGCACAUUCAUCUUGUGCCGGUGUGUGUGUGUGUGUGUGUGCAGGAUAGUCAAUCCUUACCGCCAGUGGAAGGACAAGCGGAUCGGCAUCUGUCUGGCGCUGUGAACGUGUACGUCCAUAACAGACAGGCGCCAUAAUUAAUUACUUGCGUAUGUAGUGGUCUCUCUCGAUGUGUGAAGGUGUGCAUUCACGCACUGCAGACAGAGAGAUAGAUACUCGGUCGGUCACUAGUCGGUCAAGCCAGCCAGCCCACCAGCCACGUUGUGCUCGCUCACCGUCAUGUCAUGUACAGCAGCUGUACGACUCGUGCCACGGUUUAUACG